AUCUCCAGGCGGGUCAAAGCAUGCGCGGCAUGUCGAAAGCAAAAGGCCUGUUCCAGCGCUAUUAAGUGCAUCAUGGAUGACAGCGGACCGCCGUGUAAACGGUGUACGGAACGGAAUCUGUCAUGCGUAUUGAAUAAAAGCCUCCAAACGCUCAUUGAAGAGCGCUCACGAUGGAAAACCACAGUCAUUGGUGACCUUGAUCAUAUUCACUCCGCAUUGCAAGACGUCCUUGGGAGACUGUCUCUCCCGCCACUACCCCCUUUGCAAACAUCCAAUUCGGGUGCCUUAGAACAUUCACCCCACGAUGAAGCCAUGGACAGAGAAUUCCCCGGACCUUCCUGUGACAAUUCUCCUCGAGUAUCUCCAAGGGAUGAUGCGCUUCCCCAUGUCCCAAUCGAAUCCCUCUACCAAAUUACACGACUCAGGGCUCUGCGCUCAGAUGAUACUGCAGAUGAACCGCAACCUCCCCCAAUUAGCACGCCAAACCAUCCCGUGAACGACUUCAUUUCGAAUGGCCUACUUAGCAUUGAAGAUGCAGAAAGACUCGUUAACCUUUACUUCAACCGAAUCGACCAUUUCAUGUAUAUGAUCGGUGGUAGCAAGUAUCGAAAUCUAGAGAGCCUCCGACGAGGUUCUCCAAUUUUAACCGCAUGUAUCUGUACUGUUGCAGCUCUCCAUGAUCCAAUGAGCAACCAUCUAUACGGAGUCUGUAGCCGGGAAUUUCGCCGGCUAAUGGCAGCAUCGAUGUUCGAUCGGCGAAUAGAUCGUGACCACUUACGCGCGAUGUGUAUCGGAUCGUAUUGGCUUCACGAUGUUUCUUGGACUUUGUCUGGAUAUGCAAUUCGCCGAGCGACAGAAGUAAAUCUUAACAACAACUUCCACCGCGUGAUAGCGGAGAACAGUGAAGAAGCUAUGGAUUGCAUGAGAAUAUGGUAUAUUCUUUACAUAUGCGAUCACCAUCUGUCUAUUCUCUACGGACGUCCAUCCAUUGUCCGUGAAGAUUUCUCAAUUUCAGGUUGGGAGGAGUUGAUGAAGUCUUCAGUUUUUACCGAGUCGGAUAAACGACUCGUAAGUCAGAUGGCAUUGCUGAUAAUAAUGAGCAACGUCCGCGAACUAUUUGGUCCUGACACCGGAGAGCCCGUCCCACGGGCAUUUGCCCCUCAGUUAACGAACUUCAGUCGGCAAAUCGACCAGUGGAUGGGAUACUGGACCACAGAACUACAAAAACUUCACCAAUUCAUUGGAGAAUUUCCUACAAAGGGCGUCAUUCUACAUCAUCACCUUGCCAAGCUACACCUUCAUUCCCACGUCUUUCGGGGACUCAAAGGCGCGCCUGUGCCAGCGUUCUUCCAAGAAAGCGCUGUCGCCGCUGUAUCCUCCGCAACAUCGAUCAUCGAAAUGCUACUUACCGACUAUGACAUUCGCGAGGGACUCGUAGGCAUCCCACACUACAUCCACUCCAUGAUAGCGUUCGCUUGCGUCUUCCUCCUUAAAGUCGCCGCCCAACACUCCGGGCAAUUCAUCGAAGAUGCCGUAGUCUUCGACCUCGCGACUAAAGCCGUCCAACAGUUUCGGUCAACUGCCGUAGGCAAAUGGCACCUCGUACAUCUGAUGGCCGACGGGUUGGAAAAAAUGGUGGCAUCGAAGAUCAAGAGUCCAUCGGCGAUCCGUAGUCCUCCGCUUCCGGAUGCGAACAGGAAUGGGAAUGGCGUGGCACCAUCGGGUCUGCAUUAUAUGAAUCAGAGUCAGGCUGCGACGUCAAUGCUGCUGAUGCCGAACGGUGAGGGGCUUUAUGGGAGUGGGGGGAAUGCAGUAGUGAAUGGGUUUGAGGAGGAUUUGAAUAUAGCUACGAGCUCCUUUUUGCAUUUUGAUUCGGGUAAUUUUGAUUUCAAUUUUACUGGAUUUUGAGGAUGAAAAUCCUCUUAGUAUCAACGGAACUAAAGCUUGAGUAUUUCCGUGGCCUUCCGCUGCACUCCUUUCUUUCAGGGUUUAGGUCCUUGGCGAGUCUUGUCAUGGCGUGAAGGAGUCGCUAAUUCUAG